GAGAGGCGUGGUUUGGGAGAUGCGCAGCUCCCUUAUCUUCUGUAGGCUGCAGCCUACACUCUCGCUCGAUGCUGCUCGGCGUACCGCUAGACCGUGCGGGAGGAGAUGGCUAGCCUUCAAAAAGUCUGACGAUCCCAUUUCGUUCAGCCGGAGCGGAGCAAGAACCUUCCGAAUAGUGGACGACUCCAUAAUGACCGGGCCGGUGGAACAGAAGAGGGGUAGAUACGCCAUCCCUCUAGGGCUAGUCACGUUUGCAGCACUCGUCUACCUGGGGUUUAUCAGAGAAGAAACUACGAGCGACAAAUCUGUUUUUACGCCGCCUACUGUCGUCCAGCAACCCACAGAUCUAGACAACGGCAGUGGAGACAAGAGCUGAAGAUUAACGCUACAUCACAUCUUAUCCUC